UUUGGGGGUCAGCUGCCAUUCCUCCUGUCAGCAGGAACCUCCUCUUCCUCCUCCUCCUCCUCCUCUGCUCUCUCAGCUGAUCCGUGUCUCUGUGAGCCUCCUUUAGGGUACAGAUUGUGACAGUUUUCCAUCUUCAUAACUCCGUCCAUCAGUAACUGUGAGGAUGGAGGCGAAAGCGGCCGAGGUGUUGGUGCCCCCACACUCCUCCCUGGACCUGGUGAACUCCGAGGGGGAGGCGGCAGCUUGCACCUCCUCCUCCUUCUCCGACUCCUUCCGUCAGAUGGAGGAGUUCAGCCGGCGGCUGGAGGACAUUAUCCGGACUCACGGUUCUGCGUCCAGCAUCACCGAAACGCAGUGGAGCGUUGUGGAGGCGGAGCUUGAAAAGAUGAAGGAGGACGGAAAAGGAGACUUCACAGCAGCUGUGGACUCAGAAGUCUCAGUUCUAAAGCAAACCCUGAACAACGUGCCUCCAGAGGAGAAACAAGAGGAGCUGUUCAGGAAAUACUCUGAAAUGGCAGCAGCGCAUCGCUGUGACGAACACAGACUGAACACUCUGCAGCGCACUCUCUCCAUCCUGCUGGGCGAGCGGCAGCAGCUGCAGGCCGAGCAUCACUGCAGCGUCGCGGCUCGCAUCAAGCUGGAGACGCUCUGCAGGGAGCUGCAGGCGCACCAGUGCGUGCUGAGGGAGGAAGCUCUGCAGCGCUGCCGGGAGGACGAGAGGAAGAGAAGCGAGAUCACCUCCCACUUCCAGGACAUGUUGACGGAGAUCCAGGCCCAGAUUGAGCAGCACAGCGCCCGCAACGACAAGCUGUGCCGAGAAAACUCAAAUCUGUCCGACAAACUGGAGAGCCUCAUGAACCAGUGUGAGCGGCGGGAGGAGAGUUUGGAGAAGAUCAAUAAGCACAGAGACCUGCAGCACCAGCUGACAGAAGCCAAGCUGCAGCAGGCCAACGCUCAGCUGGCCGAGGCCGAGGAGAAGCACAAGCGGGAGAAGGAAUACUUACUGGUUCAGGCUGCUGAGUGGAAGCUGCAGGCUCAGACACUCAGAGAGCAGGGGACUGUCAUGCAGGCACAGCUGAAACUCUACGGAGAAAAGUUUGAUGAGUUUCAGGAAACGCUGGCCAAGAGCAAUGAAAUCUACGUCCGCUUCAAGAAGGAAAUGGAAAACAUGUCAGAUAAAAUGAAGAAUCUGGAGAAAGAGUCCAAUCUGUGGAAGACCCGGUUUGAAAACUGCAACAAGGCGCUGACCGACAUGAUCGACGAGAGAAGGGAGAAGGGACAGGAGUACGAGCUGUUCGUCCUGAAGAUCCAGAGGCUGGAGACGCUCUGCCGCGCCCUUCAGGACGAGAGGAAAGUUCUCUACGACAAGAUCAAGGAAGUCUGCCAGUCCAACGCCAACCUUCCGUCCAAGUUCACUGACCUCGUUAACCAAGCUAACGACGCUAACGAAGGCGUCCUCGUGGCUCCUGAGGAGCUCCAGGAGGAGGAGGAGCAGGACGAAGUGCUGACCCUGAACAUGGCCCGACUGAGGGCGGAGCAAGCCAAGCUGAAGAGCUUUGCCGCUUCACUGUUUGCCAAACCAGAAGAGGGCGGAGCUAAAAAAGAGCGGGAAGAUCUGGAAGCUGAAGUUGCUUCUGGAUUUAUUCACUUUAAAGCCAAAACUCAGGUUCAGGAAGGUCAGGAGUCCAAAGAGGCUGAAGACAAAACAACGGAGUUUAAACUUUCACAACCGCUUCAGUCUGAGGAGGUUCCAUCCAAAGACACAUCAGAACCUCCAAAACCCGAGGAAACCAGCUCCCCACCAACGCAGACCGAACCCCGUCCUGAUGUUCACAUGCUGACUGGAGCUGAAGAAAAGCAACAAACCGUCAAAGACGACUUGAAGGAGAUCCAGCUUCCACUUGAGCCAGAACCAGAACCAUCAACCGCUGAGAUCACAAGGGAGGAGAGAGAAGUCAGAGCUCCGCCCCCAGCAGAAGAAGACAAACCCUCACAGCAGCUUCAGUCCGGUGACUCAGCACCGGCGCCAGAGGAGAACAAAUCCGCUCCGGCUGCUUCAUCCGAGGCCAAGAAGCCCAAGAAAAAGAAGAAGAGGAGCAGCAGGAGCGAAAGCUGAAUGAGUUGAUGUGUUUGUGUGCCGCUGUAGGAACCAAGUGUUUGUAACGGAGUGUUUGUAACUGAGACGCUGCAGCGUCUCCAUGAGAUUCAUCAUCAUCAUCAUCAUCAUCAUCAUGAAGGCCGCAUUGAACUUCUGCUCUGAGGAAACCAGGAUUCAUUUAUGAUGAUCCCAAUAAAGGAAAUCUUUUGA